CCCGGACUCGGAGUUCCAACACACAACAACAGCAACACUGCGGUGGAACAAGGCAUCGCGCAGAUAUGAGGGGAGCACAAGCGAGCAGUAGACAGGAGGCCUCGGGAGGACUGUGGGAUUCCGUGAAGAAAGCCGUCAUUGUCAUCGGAUCCGGAAUCCUGUUCCUGGCGGCGUUUGGUAAUUCGCUGACAUGGCAUCUUCAGAAGUUUUGAGCUUCGGGCAACUUUUGGCAGAACCUGUGGACCAAAGUCUACGUGAUGUUUGAGGGCCACAACGAGGCGUUGUUCUACAUGGGCACGAUGCUGGUGCCCAUGGUGGUGUUGUGGACAUUCAACGCUCUGCUGCUACUGGCGGACACCACGGGGAAACCGGCUUUCAUCACCCGCUACCGCAUCCAAGCCGACAAGAACGACCCGGUGGACCCGGAAAAGCUUCGCCACGCUUUGAAGACGGUGCUGUUCAACCAGAUGUUCAUUUCUGCACCCACCGUGGUGGUCGCCUACCACCUGACCCGCUGGAGAGGAGACCCCUGCGGACCCCAGCUGCCCACCCUCCACUGGGCCCUCGCCGAGCUCACUAUCUUCUCCAUCCUGGAGGAAGUUCUCUUUUACUACUCGCACAGACUGUUCCAUCAUCCCAGCCUCUACAAGCGCUUCCACAAGCAGCACCACGAGUGGACCGCCCCCAUCGGCGUGGUCGCCACCUACGCUCACCCGCUGGAACAUUUGUUCUCCAACCUGCUGCCGGUGGUGAUCGGGCCGGUGCUGUUGGGCUCGCACGUGUCCAGCACGUGCGUGUGGUACUGCCUGGCGCUGGUCAGUACCACCGUUUCCCACUGCGGGUACCACCUGCCCUUUCUACCCUCCCCAGAGUUCCACGACUUUCACCACCUCAGGUUCAACCAGUGUUUCGGCGUUUUCGGCGUGCUGGACCGCCUGCACGGCACCGACGCCAAGUUCCGGCAGACCAAGCAGUACGAACGCCACACCUUGCUCUUGGGACUGACGCCGCUCACCGAGAGCAUCCCCGACACGCCCACCAAGUCCCACUGACCGCCGUUACGCCAUCUUGAUUCCUAUUUGCAAGUUUUUUUCGUUUUAAAAGCUGUUGAUCCGUUUUUGUUUAGGUUUAAUUCUUUUGCACUAUCAUUGUUGUUGUUUUGUUUUUACUGACUGAGGCCCAUUCACAGUUCGUGGAGGGGAAUAAAAAAAAUUCAACACAAUCCAGCGCUAAAUCUUUAAGCGUUGCGAUAAUCGCAAUGCUAAUUUGUUAGCGUAACCGAGUUCCACAUUCAUGAUUGUCGCGCGCAACUUUUCUGAGCUGAUCGUUGGAGGAAGAAUCUCACAUCUCAGGCAAAAUACUCCUCAACCGAGGAUACCCGCUCAGAAAAACCAAAAGACAAUCAAGGCCUUUGCACAACUUUGUGGACGCGCUGUACACUUGGUGAAAACCCGUCGAAAUUGUAACGAUGAACCAUUUGCGUAUUACAAGCCCACGUUGCUGCUCCGAUUGUUUUUUUUUGCUGACAAAUCCGUCAAUAAACGAUCAUUUUGACAAUAUGAGUGAGGAAAUGAUGACUCGGCAGCCAAGGUUUUUGAGGCGUUUUUUUUUGUGUCCGUUUUUUUUUAAUUAAAGGAAAAAAAAAAAGCAUAAUUACUACAAAUUACAAAUAACACUAAUAAUAAUAAUAGCCAAUCACAUCAGCCUACAAAGCGGAUAGCGAAUAUUAAAUGUUAUAAUACACGUUUUCAUUCAAGUAGUUUACAUUUUUUUUUCCAUUUUAGUUUGGUUUUUUUUUCCUUGCUUUUUUUCCCCCCCCGGGCAUUUUCACAUUUUUUUUUCCUCAUAACAAGCCUAAAGAGAUUUUUCAGUGAUGCAGUGAACAAUUUCAACGCUUCAUAUACAGUUUUUUUUUCUUAUAUUCAUAUGGCUUUAUGACAUUUUUGUACUUUUCAGUCUGCAGACAUCAUAAACAGCCAUCAUCCUCACACGCUUGUUUUUUGUUUUUGUCACCCUUCCACCGUUUUUUUUUUUUGCGGGCACCUCCUAGAGUUUCUUUGAGGGGGGUGGGCAACUCCCACAAGGCCUCGAAAUCCUCCAAAUGUCCCGAGAGGUGGAGCAGUGAGCGCAAUUUCAUCUUUGUAUCCAUUUUGUUUGUUUUUCACUCCUCCUGCCGGCUCUCAUUUGUCGUCAAGUCGCCACAAAAAAAGCACUGAUGCAAACAUCGAGUCUCCCUGAAGAAGGGAAGGAAGAAGUCCAGCUCUGCUUGCGUUGGAAGAUAAAAUGAGGGCGACGUCCACAUCAGAAGACACGAAGAAGGCAAAUAAUUGCUUUUUUUUUUUUUUUUUUGGACAUGGGACAGACACACACACGCACAAAUGUUUUAAGACUCUCUACGUUAACCCCCAGAAAAUUGAAUCCAGUUGUGGUGGAGGUGCCAAUCAAUUAAAAAAAAAAAAAAAAAAAAAAAAAGGGAACAGGGAAAUUUAA